AUGACUCCUGGGGGAACGAGCCGACAUCACGGGCUGUGCCUAUGGACGCUCGCCAUCUUUCUGCUAGUUUUGACUGCUCGUUUGGGAGAAACGACCUCAGGAUACGACCCAUAUAAAGUCCUCGGAGUCAGCAGGAGUGCCAGCCAGGCAGAAGUUAAAAAGGCAUAUAAGAUCCUUGCCAAAGAAUGGCAUCCGGAUAAGAAUAAAGACCCCGAGGCUGAAAAUAUGUUCAUCAAGGUUUCAAAGUCAUACGAGAUUUUGUCUAACGAAGAGCGAAGGGCCAACUUUGACCGCUAUGGGCAGGUGGAUGAAAACCAGCCCUUUGGCCGGUCGCACCAUCAACAAUUCCGCAGUUUCCACAAUUUCUACUUUGACGAGACUUCCUUCCAUUUCACCAGGUCAAGGGACUUUGCAGACAGCAAGUACUUGCUUCACCACGCCCAGUUUAACAGCGACAUCCUUCCAGAUAGCCACAAGAGGCCUUACCUCAUAAAGGUCACCUCCGAGUGGUGCUUUGCGUGUAUCCGUGUAGAGCCUGUGUGGAAGGAGAUUGUGCAGGAACUCGAGCCGCUUGGUGUCGGUAUUGGCAUCGUGGACCUCGGUUAUGAGCUUCGUCUGGCCAACCAGUUAGGAGCGCACAGCGCUCCCUCCAUUAUCGGACUGUUGAACGGCAGAGUCACCUUCUUCCGUCAGGCCAUCGUUCGACAGCACCUGCGACAGUUCGUUGAUGACCUUCUUCCACCAAAUCUGGUGGAAAAGAUCACUGAUGACAACUCCCAGCAUUUUCUGGACAACUGGCAUGUUGAAAAUAAGCCCAGUGUUCUUUUGUUUGACCAAGACUCCAACGUCCCCAUGGUCUACAGAUUAACAGCAUUUGCCUUCCGAGACUACGUUCAUUUUGGCUACGUGGACCAGGGGGACACGCACAAUAUUCAGCUUCUGAGCCAGUUCAACAUCAAUUCGUACGCCCCCACCAUGCUGCUAUUUAAAGAGGACACCAGCAAGCCGGUGGACAUCAUACAGGCUAGGGGAAUGAAGCGGCAGGUGAUGGACGAGUUUGUCUCCAAUAACAAGUUCCUACAGGUUCCCCGGCUUGUCAACCAGCAGCUCUUUGAUGAGCUGUGUCCUAUCAAGCAGUUUCACAGGCGGCGAAAGUAUUGCGUACUGCUGAUUACCAGCGAGGACCAAGCAUUCCUUCCUCCAAAUAAGGCCUUCCUGGACUUUGCCACAUUUAACAGGAAAGACGUGCUACGCUUUGCGUACGUCUACCAGCGUCAGCAGCAGCCUCUCUGCCAGGCUCUGCUUCCCAACCAGGCUGUAGUGUCGCCACAGGUGGUUAUUCUGGAGAGGCGUAGCCCUGCUGGCAAGGUGCUGUACCGCUCUGUGAUUGGUGGGUGGAACGGCAGCGAAGAAGAUAAAUCCCGUCUCCUCGAGCAUCUGGAGCUGGUUCAGAAGGACCCCACCUAUCUGACCUCGGAUGCCACUUUGCCAGAACUCAACAAUGAGAUGGCCCCUAUUUUUCUGAUUCAAUGGAUGAACGCCGCUCGUGAUUACAUCCAUCAAAUUUAUGAUGACCUUCUCUACUCAAACUGGCGAGAGAUGAUGCCCAUCCUCUCAUUGAUCUUCUCGGCGCUAUUCAUUCUUUUCGGGACGGUCAUCAUCCAGGCCUUCAGUGAACCAGGUGAGACCAAACCACGGAAACCGGCAACAAAGGAGCAACCUCAAUCAGACGACGAUACAUCAAAUCGGUCCGCUACCUUCAGCCGUCCCCCCAAGAAGGAUUUUGUGGAGGUGACAGAGUUGACAGACGUCACAUACACCAGUAACUUAGUCAAGCUGCGGCCGGGCCACAUCAACGUUGUACUUGUGCUAACCAACGCCUCGAAGAAUGCCUUGCUGCGCAAGUUUGCCAAAGAAGUCUUUUCUUUCUCUGGGACUCAUACAAUCCACUUCUCCUUCCUUAACGCUGACAAACACCGCCACUGGAUGCCCCUACUUCUGCGCUCGUGCUCCGACGCGUCACCCUGCGGGGAUUAUUCAGACGAGGACGAGGACUCCUCGGACUACCCUGGCCACGUCUUGGCUUUAAACGGUUACAAGAAAUAUUUUUGCCAUUUCAGACCCGUCUUCACAGGGGACGACCUUAGCGAUGCGUCCUUCUCUUCCGGGAGCAGGAGAAAGUCCCGAUCCAGGUCUCGGUCUAGUUCAGACUCUCGAUCCCGUUCCCAUUCCAGGGAGGACGCGAGAUUCAAGAAGGGCUCGAAUAGAGCCACGAGCAUAGAAGUACACCACAAACUCGAUCGCCUGGGACUUUGGAUGGAAAGGCUGAUGGAGGGCACUCUGCCGAGAUGGCACGUGCCGUCCUGGCCUUCUCUUCAACCUGCUGAAAACAUCUACACGGAGAGCUGA